UUUUGUCCCUUUGGUUCAUAGCAAGGGAGUUUCAAAGCAACCUGUUUUGCUUUUCUUGCCAUCUUUAUUUUCUGCUACUAUCUGACCAGUACUAGUAUUGUUUGCUGGGGAUUUGUAUAGCAAAAUGAUGGCUCUAAGUCCUGGCAUUAGAAUUGGACUAUCAUUGCUUUACAUGGGGGUUCUUGGAAGUCCCAAAGGUUACAGUAUUCCAGAAGGAGUGGAUAUACAGUCAGAAUGUCGGGAUCGAUACCUGUGGGUGCAUGUUGGUUCAUCUGGCAACGCCCCUAAGUUUGAGGCUGUAGAUGCGGCUGGUGUGCAUCCCAUAGAUGUAAAGAAUGCGUCCCGGUGUGGUUACACCAUCAGCACCUUCAAGAUGGAUGGCUACACCACUCUCAGGGCUUCCUACUUCUCCUGUCACAUUGACAACCAGAACGAUGAGGUAUUCACCUUCCAGUUCAAUAUCAUUGUCAUGGAUGCCAAGGACCAACAGUCGCGCUACCCUUUGUCUCAGACCUGCUCCCUGCUACUGCCCUGGUCCCAACGGGAGGUUAUAUGUGAAGAGGACUACAUGGAGGUAACUGUGGGGAGAGAUGUGCCUUGUACUACCUCUGAAGGAACCUCAAAGGAAGCAUGGAGGGCUGCCCAUUCUGUUGCCCAAAAUAUAGCCAAUUCUGCAUGGCAGGUAAUGUUCCUAAAGAAUGAGGAUGAAAUGGCCACCAUGCCCAUCACCGAAGCACAUCGACUGGGUUACGAGCUGAGUGCCACUCCGAAAAGGGUUCUCUUCCGCUCUCCCUACAGACAAACUCACUCGGAAAUCAUAAUGGUUGAUGGUGUUGCGGUGGAGGUCAUUCACGGGACAGUGUUCUUCAGUCAGAAAAUGAUGGUGGUCAUGAUUGACAUAUCUGUGGCCUGCACCAUAAACCCAGGAUACUUUGACGGGGUCAGGCUACUCUGGGAGACCCCCAGGAUCAUGACACCGUUGGUUCACAGCGGCUUUGGCUUUGAGAGCAAGCAGAUCAACGUGGGCGUGGAGAGCCAACUGCUAGAUGAGGGCACGGCGAGGGCCAGAGGCUACACUCUAGAAGUCAAAGGGCUCAUGGUACAGAUGGGUGUCCCCUUUGGUGCCAAAGGAGGAUAUAGGAAGAGUUUGGUGACAAACAAUAUCUACCGGGAGAUGUACGUGGCUUUCCUGUUCUAUGAGCAUGUGUUCUCUCAUGUCUACACUGAUGGUAGCACUGUUGAAACGAGACACCGGCUGCUCAGGGUAGUGGACACUCCAUUGCUGUGCCGACACCCCUUCACCGUUGAUGUCGACGCCCUUCCUCCAUACCACAAGACCAGCUUUGAAGAGCAUACGUUCAACGUGUACUUGGGGAACAUUCCUCACGAUGUGGCUCUGAUGGGAGUGAAGUUGAAUGAAAAGCAGAUCUCUGUGUCAGAUGCUGCAGAACAUGGCUACACCAUCAGUAAGAUCGUCCAUGCCAAUGGCACCCAUGCCUAUACUAUCAGGGUUCCUUUUGACGACAAGGCUGUGCAUAGGACGUACUUAGGUGAGGGGCUCUUCCAGUACUCCAUGGACAUGAACUACACGUUAAGCAUCAUGCCCCAGGAAGAGGCUUACUACCAUCUAGCCUCUGUUAUGGAACAGCUCAGCAACACAUUCCCUCCUGAGCUCAAAGGGGUUUGCACAAGAGGAGGCAUUGUCUUUCACAUGACCCAGCCAAGACUGGGAUACCUGUGGGAGAUCGGGGUCGGUCAUGACCCUCUAACACCUGAGCUGGUGGCUGAAAGAGGGUACAACCUGCGAAACGAAAGCCAUAUUUUGACCUUGGAGGUGCCACUGUUCACUGUUGGCUACACUUAUGAGGAUAUCAACUUGAGACAUUUUUAUGGCAUAUUUGAAAUACACUCAAGAGAUUCAAGGACUUUGGAGAUCCAGACAGCAACAGCAACGCGCUGUCUUUUCAGACGUGAUCAGCUUAUAAUCUGUUCAACUGAUGGGAUCAUGACUGUGUUGACCAGUACAAAAACUACCUGGCCUGCAGUGAAUCCACGCAGUACUACCCUCUUGGACAGAACCUGUAAACCAAAAUUAAUGGACGACUCAAGAGUUCUGUUUGAGUUUGGCUUGAACACGUGCAAUACCACGGUUAUGGUUGAAGACUCUUCUGUAGUGUAUGAAAACGAGAUCCUGUCUUAUAGGGAGUUCAUACUUGACAGCGCUUCUUUCAUCUCCAGGGAUUCUAAAUUCAGACUCACAGUGCGAUGUCUCUACCCACUUAGCUCAGUCAGUAGGCUGUUUGUGGACAGGACUUUUAAAUCUCAAAUGUCUGGGGUUGGCUCAAUCAAAUUCACAGGGAGCAACGAAGAUGGCGCAGCCAAUAAACCAGUGCCUGCCUGUCCACGGCAAGUUCCCACCAACACUGAAAGUGUCCAGGUUAUCGGCACAAAGCCUUCUCCAAGCAAUCAUGAGGUGUCACAGACAGGGGGGCAUUAUAGUACCAAUUAUGGAUCUUUAACAGCUGACAACACCCUGGAUCCUUCUCUCAGCCAUUACAGCGGUCUCCAAAGAAGUGGUACCCCACAAUCAUCCAGCAAUGUACAAAGUGUUCUGAAUCGCUAUGGACUUGUGCAAGGUGGAAGUGCUUAUGGUAUUGGCCAACACAAAUUAAGUGACACCCCAGCCAUAAAUGUCUAUGAAUCCACCCAGGAUGUUAAUACUCCACAUCAAAAGGGCAUGGGAAUCAGGCCUGAAACUGAUGGAGGCAGCAGGCUCGGUGGAUAUGGGCAAUUUCCCAUCCAUAGCCCUGUCCAGGGUGACUGGAUCAAAUAUAUCCCAGGCCACUAUAGGCCUACAUCUGCAAAGAUGAUCAAUGUCCAAUCUAGUGUCCUCAAUCUAGUUCCCAGCCACUUAAACAGUACUCGUGGUGGCAGCACUCAAAAUGCACAGCAACAUUUGAGACCUCACCCAAACUAUGAGGGUAAGAGACCAAGCAACUCUGCCCAACAUGAGAUGUACAAUGCUGUACAAUCAGCAAAGGUGCGCAAACCAGCCACAAGCCAUCAUGCAAAUGUCCAAACGGUGAACAAUAAGCCCACUUUAAGUAACCCCACUGCACAAAGUGGCAGCACACCGCAGCAUUCUGGAGGUAAUGUCCUCUCUGGCUUAAGACGCUAUAGCCAAUAUGGUGUUUUGCAAAGUUCUGAUGGCAUAUCUAUCCCGCAGCAAUAUGUCAAGCCAGCCAGUGAACAAUAUACUCCUGGCACUGUCAAGACCCCAAGACACUAUGACACUCCAAGCAAGGUAAACCCUUUCCUUGCUUCCUAUGUUUACCAGAAUACUAAAGUACAACCUGGUUCCAACUACAACACAGCUGCCCAGCGUUUUGGUGUGAAACCAGUCCUUCCUGCUAAUGCAUAUGGUUCUUCUCAAGUAAGGAACAGCUUCCAGCAAGUCCCCAGUCACAAAGUCCCACUAGGUGACCAUGCCCAAGGUACCUCAAGUUAUGUGAAACCUGCUUCCAGAGACAACUUUGUUGUUCAAGGUGUAGAUCGUCAACCUACCACCAGCAAAGUCCCUGAAUGCAGCACGUAUGGGGAUCGCCAAAGUGGUUUAUCUCAAGUUCCCGGUCAUGAUGGUCUUGGCCAUGAUGAAACCUCCUUUGGAGAAGUGAAGUCCACCAAAGCUCAAUUGGCACCAAUUAAGAUACUUGUACCUAGCCAACUUUCUGUAAACAAAUAUGGACCUAGCAAGGGACAAUAUGCCAAGCCAGCUUCUGGCUAUUAUGGAUCCUCAGUUGGCAGGACUGAAAUUGUCUACAGUAGUACAAAACCUAACACAGACUAUUACAGCACAGCACAGGGGACGGUCUACCAAGCUUCAGACAAUGUCCAGUCUACCCCUCAGUUCCCAUUUGUGAAGGCUGAUGGCAAUAUCACUCAACCUAACCCCAGCAAUACAAAACCUGUUCACUCUGGUAUAUGCCAAAGCCACAAACUUCAUAAUAGUGCAGCCUCUAGCUUCUAUGGAACCAGCCAGGACACACAUUAUGUCCCUGUGGCUAGCAAGUAUGAUGCUUACAAAAGCAAUCAUGUCCAACCAGCUUCGAACCAGUAUGUGGGAACGCAAACCAGCAUUGUUACACCUGGUCCGUACAGUGGAACUCUGCAGAAACUAGCCACUAGCCUGCAUGCUGCCUCUCAACCACAUAAUGUCCAACCCAUGACUAGUUGGUAUGGUGCUACUCAACACAUUGCAAUAAAACCUGCCCUUAGCCAACAUCAAGUUUCACAAAGUGAUAGAGUUAAACCUGCUACUAGCAAGUAUGUAAUCCUUCAACACCACAGCAUUCAACAAGUUCCUGGCCAGGAUGUUUCUCAACGCAGUAGUGCGAAACCUGCCACAAGCACAUCUCAAUCGGUGCCUAGCCAGUAUGAUGGUUCUCAAAGCAGCAGAGUUGCCCAUGCCCCUAUUGGGACUAUUCUUUUUCAGCAGAACAUCAUACAUCAUACUUCUAACCAGGACAGGGGUCCACAAAGUGUCAGCGUUAAACCUACCAAGUCUGCUCCUACUCACAGUAAUAUCAACCAACAAGCUGCUGGCCAGUAUGGAGGUUCACAAAGCUACAGAGUUGAGCCAGCACCACCACAUCAGAUCAGGAUCCAACCUGCCACUAGUGGCAUAAGGGAACCCUCUCCCGGUCAGUCUGCUUCUUCUCACCUAAACAUUGACCAACAAGCUACAAGCGUGUAUGGAGGUUCACAAAGCCACAGAAGAACUCCAACUCCUAGCAAGUAUGGUGCUUCUACUGUUCAGUAUGCAGCAAAAGGACAAGCGCGAAAUCCGCUUGCAGUCAUAAGUGGUAGCAAUGUUGAUACUGACAGAUCAGAUCCUUGUGUGGAAUGUUCCCUGGGCAACUCUGGAGGAAAUUCAAACUUCAUAAAAGUUAGCAGUGGAGGCCAGCCUAUGGUUGUCUUGGGCACCAGUGUCUUGAGAAAUCCCAGCUGUGUCAGUCCUAUUUGUUUGUUCAACCAAGGGUCAGCCCAAAGUGGUAGUGCCCAAUCAGUGGAAAAGCAACAGAACUUUGCCCAGAGCCACAUCGUCCAGGAUCCACCCAGCCAUUUCCAACCAACAUCUCAGGGUGGGAAAAUAAAUGGCCAACCUGACCCAAUUCAUGGUACCACUUCUAACUUGCAUCAACCUGUGCAGCAUGGUGGUCAUCUUCAAGCAUUAAACAGAGGUGAAACUACACUAGGCUACCAUGGGUCUGCACAGCUUACCAGUGCCCAGCUGUCACCCAGCCAAAUAAAACCAGCUUCUGCCUAUUACAGUAAAUACCAACAUGGUUUUAGCAAGAAUGCUUAUGGAACUGUACAAUCAGCCAAUGGUGCCUAUGAGAACACCCAGGGCAGCAAUGGCCAACUUAAUCGUAGACAUGGGUCACCUUUAAGCUUCUAUAGAGCUGUUCAUGUUAGUGCUAAGAAACCUUUAUCAAUGACCAGUGUUCAAUCCCCAAGAUACGGGGUUGUACAAACAGGCAAUAUCCAAAGAGACAGAAACCCCAACACUCAUAGUGAGUAUGGAGCAAACUGUCUUUGUUGUGGACAAAUUCUUUCAGAUCACCAUGGGUACUUAUCUAGCCUCAAAGGCAUGCAAGGUGGAGCUGAGAAUAAGCCCAACAACUUGAACUUCAUCUUUACAGAAAAAGGAAAAGCUACAAACCUGCCCAAAGUCAGUGGUAACCAUAUUGAUGCUGAAGGAUCACAAAACUGUCCUGACAACUCUGGGCCAAGUUCAAAUAACCCUCUAAACCCCAGGAGCAGUGACCCAGGCCGCUAUGGUGGUAGUGUGCAUGAAGGCAUCUUGAGAGGUAAGCGUGGCCAAAGAAAUGAAAAAGCCAACGUGAGCUGAGCACCUUGGAACAUCACUCAAUGUAACUUGUCAAUUGUUCCUCUAGGAUAAUGUUGCUAACUGGGGAAUCUUCCAUGCCUAUCAAGAUCUUCUAUUGCAAUACAUUUCUAUUUCAGAUAUUACGGCGUUGGAGUGUUUUUAGUCUAACCUUUAAAUUUAACCUUGUCUAUUCAAGUGCGAUUUUCGAUUGGAAGGUUAACUAUAGCCCACAGACUGGGUUCAUAAGCUACAUAUUGCAUGGUUCUAGGACAAAAAGAGUAGAAAGUAAGGAGCUAAUUCUUACUAUUCCGUCAAAAUUAAGCAUCAUACAAAGACUAAAUAAGUUGAUCAUUUAAGAUGAAGAAUCUACAGGAAGUAACAUUUCAAUGAACUUCUGUACCAGACUUGUGUUUAAAGGCCCACUGUGAAUUUACGUGUUUGUGUGUUUAACGUUACAUCCAUCUCAAAUAAAAAUGUAUGUCCGUUGA